AAACCACAGAAAAAGGAGAAGGAAAGGGGCAUAAAAUUGUUUGAUUCUGCGGGCAAAAGAAAGAUAGCGAAGGCGAAGUCCCAAAUCCAGUAACCAAUUAGCCCAAACCACAUGCUCACCAGAGAGUGACCUUGUCUUGUAGAAACAAUAAUAAAGAAACCGAAAAGAAGAAAGGUGCUGACGCCAAUUAUUCCUUUUGAGAAAGAAAGAAAGAAAGAAAGAAAGUAAAAAAGAGCGAGAAUCAUCAAAUCAUCCCCUCUCUAUCUCUAUCUACUCUCACCACACACCCAGCACCUGGAAUCUGAUUUCCACGCACAUCCUUUGUCUCCUCACGCAACAAAAACCCUAAAAAAGCCAAUUUCAAAUCCAUUUUUCCCUCAACCCACUCACACUAGCCCCACUCUUUCUCUCUCUCUACAGUGAUUCCUGUCGCCCUCAAUUGCGACUUUUGCACCACUUAGAUUCAUUUAACCUCUCUCUCUCUCUCUCUCUCUCUCUCUCUAAAUAUAUAUAUAGGGGUUAGGGUUUUUUUUGUUUGGCAAAUGAAUGAUCAACAGCAGCAGCAGCAGCAGCAGCAAGUGGGCUCGGGGGGAAAUAAGGACCCGGAGGAGGAGAGUGUGGGCCAGUCACUCGAGAUUGUGGCCAAGGCAGCGGGCUCGGACAAGGCCGAGCCAUUAAGUAGCGAGGAAGAGAGUGUAGAGAAACCCGACGAUCCAAUGGAGGAAGACUCCGUUAGCCCCGCUACUGUCUUUUGUAUCAGGCUUAAGCAGCCUCGCUCUAAUUUGCAGUAUAAGAUGAGCGUGCCUGAGCUUUGUCGUAAUUUUAGUGCUGUUGCUUGGUGCGGGAAGUUGAAUGCUAUAGCUUGUGCAUCAGAGACUUGUGCAAGAAUCCCAAGCUCCAAUGCAAACCCUCCAUUUUGGAUCCCCAUACAUAUUGUUAUCCCUGAAAGACCAACUGAAUGUGCAGUUUUCAAUGUGAUAGCAGAUUCUCCUCGUGACUCUGUUCAGUUCAUUGAAUGGUCCCCUACUUCUUGCCCACGUGCCUUACUGAUAGCUAAUUUUCAUGGGAGGAUAACUAUCUGGACUCAGCCUUCUCAAGGUCCAGCUAAUUUAGUGCGAGAUGCUAGCUGUUGGCAGCGUGAGCAUGAAUGGCGUCAGGAUAUUGCAGUUGUUACCAAGUGGUUAUCUGGGGUCUCUCCUUAUAGGUGGCUUUCAUCAAAAUCCAGCAGUUCCUCAAAUUCAAAGUCAACAUUUGAGGAAAAAUUCCUUUCACAUCAAUCUCAAACUUCAGCUAGGUGGCCUAAUUUCCUUUGCGUUUGUUCCGUAUUCUCAUCGGGGUCUGUACAACUUCAUUGGUCCCAGUGGCCUCCUAGUCAGAGUAAUGCAACACCAAAGUGGUUUUGCACAAGCAAGGGACUCUUGGGUGCUGGGCCUAGUGGGAUUAUGGCUGCUGAUGCUAUUGUAACAGAUAGUGGUGCCAUGCACGUUGCAGGUGUUCCUAUUGUAAACCCAUCUACCAUUGUUGUUUGGGAGGUUACUCCUGGCCCUGGACCUGGCUUUCAAGCAACUCCGAAGACAAGUACCAGCGCAGGGCUCCCACCUUCUCUCAACCCACCUAAUUGGUCAGGUUUUGCUCCAUUGGCUGCUUAUCUAUUCAGCUGGCAGGAAUAUCUAAUAUCUGAAGCAAAGCAGGAGAAAAAGCAUACUGAUCAAGAUUUCAGUGACACAGUAUCACUUCACUGCUCACCUGUUUCAAAUUUUUCUGCAUAUGUUAGUCCUGAGGCUGCAGCACAGUCUGCAGCAACCACUACUUGGGGCUCUGGAGUUACCGCUGUUGCUUUUGAUCCAACUCGUGGUGGUUCUGUGAUAGCUGUUGUGAUAGUUGAAGGGCAGUAUAUGUCUCCUUAUGAUCCAGAUGAGGGUCCUUCAAUCACAGGAUGGAGAGUGCAGCGAUGGGAAUCAUCUCUUCAGCCUGUUGUUCUGCAUCAAAUAUUUGGAAAUCCUACUUCCAGCUUUGGUGGGCAGGCACCCAUGCAAACUGUAUGGGUAUCCAAAGUGGAUACAAGCAUACCUCCAACAAAUGAUUUUAAAAAUCAUCAAGCAGUUGCAGCAGGGCCCAUUUCUGAUGCCAGAAAGACAUCUGAUUCUGGUGUUGAGAAGGCAAAAAGUCUCACUUUUGAUCCCUUUGAUCUGCCAAGUGAUGUUAGAUCACUUGCUCGAAUUGUUUAUUCUGCUCAUGGUGGUGAGAUUGCUAUUGCUUUUCUGCGGGGUGGAGUCCAUAUAUUCUCUGGUCCCAACUUUACACCUGUAGACAGCUAUCAGAUUAAUGUUGGAUCUGCAAUUGCCGCUCCUGCUUUCUCUUCCACAAGCUGCUGCUCUGCUUCUGUUUGGCAUGACACUAGCAAGGACCGUACCAUAUUGAAGAUAAUCCGUGUUCUACCCCCUGCUGUUCCAAGUAGUCAGGUGAAGGCUAACUCAUCAACCUGGGAACGUGCAAUUGCUGAGAGGUUUUGGUGGAGCCUUUUGGUUGGAGUUGAUUGGUGGGAUGCUGUUGGCUGUACACAGAGUGCUGCUGAGGACAACAUUGUUUCACUGAACAGUGUCAUUGCGGUGUUGGAUGCGGAUUUUCAUUCUCUUCCAUCAACUCAGCAUCGGCAGCAGUAUGGUCCUAGUCUAGACAGGAUAAAAUGUAGGCUUCUGGAAGGUACAAAUGCUCAGGAGGUCAGGGCAAUGGUUUUAGACAUGCAAGCAAGGUUGCUACUUGAUAUGCUGGGCAAAGGCAUUGAAUCAGCUUUGAUAAAUCCUUCAAAUCUAGUGCCUGAGCCAUGGCUGGCUUCUGGAGAUAAAUUAUCUGGCAUUGAUCCUGAAGCAAUGGCUGUUGAACCAACCCUUGUUCCAAGUAUUCAGGCUUAUGUAGAUGCAAUUCUUGAUCUAGCUUCACAUUUUAUCACACGAUUACGGCGCUAUGCAAGUUUCUGUCGCACAUUAGCAAGUCAUGCAGUUACUGCUGGAACUGGAAGUAAUCGCAGUAUGGUGACAAGUCCUACCCAAAGUUCAGCAUCUCCUGCAACUAGUCAGGGUGGUCAAAAUGGUACUGCAAGUUCUACAGGAAGCACUCAGAUGCAAGCUUGGGUACAAGGUGCUAUUGCCAAGAUUAGUAGUGCAAGUGAUGGAGUGUCCAAUUCAACUCCAAACCCCAUCACUGGUCCAUCUUCCUUUAUGCCAAUAAGCAUCAAUACUGGAACUUUUCCUGGGACACCAGCUGUUAGGCUUAUUGGAGACUGCCAUUUCCUUCACAGAUUAUGUCAACUUUUGCUUUUCUGUUUUUUCUUUCGGCGAACUCAGCUACCUCGCUUUAUUGGAGGUGCACAGAAAAAUACGGAUACAAAUAUGCAAAAACCUCAGUCUGGUCCACCUGCAAAGGUUGAGGAGAGUAAUUCUGUUUCUUCUAAACCAGCUCCAACUAUGGUCAGAUCAGAUGAAGGCCAGGCUGCUGGAGGAGGUCAACUUGUGCCUGGAGCCAAGGGAGUUGAAGAUGGACCUGCUGGCCGGUCAAGACUGGGUUAUGGCAAUGCUGGUCAAGGAUACACUUUUGAAGAGGUGAAGGUCCUUUUCCUCAUACUCAUGGAUCUUUGUCGGCGAACAGUGGCUCUAGCACACCCAUUACCAGUUUCUCAAGUGGGAAGCAGCAGCAUCCAGGUGCGGCUGCAUUAUAUUGAUGGGAAUUAUACUGUAUUACCGGAGGUCGUAGAAGCAUCCCUUGGCCCACAUAUGCAGAACAUGCCCCGGCCUAGAGGUGCAGAUGCUGCUGGUCUGUUGCUGAGGGAAUUGGAACUCCACCCUCCAUCUGAAGAGUGGCACAGGCGGAAUAUGUUUGGUGGCCCCUGGUCUGACCCAGAGGAUAUGGGUUCUGCUGAUGAUAAGCCAAGGAUGAGCAGUUAUACAGAUUCUCUUGAUUUCAGCUCAUCGGAAAAUUGUGAUGUUUAUUAUGGGGUUAAUGGCCUAUGGCCAAGGAAGCGCAGAAUGUCUGAAAGAGAUGCAGCUUUUGGCUUAAAUACUUCUGUUGGUCUGGGAGCAUACCUUGGGAUCAUGGGAUCUCGAAGAGAUGUUGUUACUGCAGUGUGGAAGACUGGUCUUGAAGGGGUCUGGUACAAGUGCAUAAGAUGCUUGCGGCAGACUUCAGCUUUUGCUUCAUCAGGGUCUGCAAAUUCACCUAAUCAAAAUGUCAGGGAAGCAUGGUGGAUUAGCCGUUGGGCCUAUGGCUGUCCUAUGUGCGGUGGAACAUGGGUUCGGGUUGUAUAGACGAGAUCACCAUACUUGGAAUUGCAUAUGACUGGCAUCACAAGAAGCAACCAGAAAUUAUAGCAUAGACAUCAUAAGAAGUCCUGCCUUGUGAAUUGUGCUCGGCCAUGCAGUUCAUGGUUGGAGCUUGCAAGUGUGAUAGACCAGUACCAUACCAUGACUGCAGAAAAUUGCUUGUACAGAGUAUAAGACGUAGACGCCGUUAACUUUGUUAGUAUUAGUUGUACUUUUGCCCCUCUCAUUUAGAAAGAAAUGAUUUAACUAGUAUAUUGUGCAUUAUAGAGAAUGGAGGACCUAGCGAGGAUAGCAAGUGUUGGAUGGUUACCGAGAAUGGAAUUGAAGCCAUUUUGCAUUGUACAUCAUGAAAUAAUUUCGCUGAAAUAUCGGAUCUCUAGUACUCGAUUAUGUUGU